UACUUCCAAAUUCUCCCUUUCCAUGUCGUCUUCCAAAAAAGCCUUAGUUGUUGAUCCCUUUUGUUUCCGUCAGUUCGAUGAACACGCCGAUAGCAAAAAGUACGGUGGGACGGUCUUUAGUCUGUCGGUUGCCGACUUUGAACGCAUUGUCAACGAGAGGUUCCAAUCGGCCGACUUGAAGGACGGCUACGCACCCUUUUGCAAACACGUAUUCUUGGUCAAUGAUUUUACCAACGCUCGGGUAAACGUGUUGCCCAUCACAGAAGAGAACGAACACCUGAUUCGUACCAAGUACGAAGCCCGCAACGAUAAGGAGCUGCCCGUCUUGGCUCGAUUCUUCCCACAAAACCUUGUUGGGGACGAUUUGCCUGUAGCGAAAUACCUCGACUUGAUUCUCUAUUCACGGGAACAAAUAAACAAAGAAAAUGCUUCCCAAGGUCGGGAUCCAAAUCCAGCAUCGGCACCGUGGAAUAUUGUCUCCAUCAAGGCGCAAGAUGUACCGGAUGAGCUACCCAUGAAUCCGAUUACCGCCAUGCGCAAUUCUCUGGGGAAGGCCGAGGGCGGUAGCGGAGUACCGUUGGAUCGAAAGGCCUACGCGGAAGCCGUCAACUAUUGGAAGGACCAUGCUGUGAUUUCGUAA